GCAACGUUGCCGUCAUGCCUCUUCUUCUUCCCCUUCAGUUUCCAUCAGCCAUUCCUCUGAGGUUUUCACUAGCGUGAGAAUGACUAGCAAACGCCGCAACAAUGGACGCUCCAAGCACGGCCGCGGACACGUUAGUGCCGUUCGGUGCACCAACUGUGCUCGCUGUGUAGCCAAGGAUAAGGCCAUCAAGAAGUUUGUCAUCCGCAACAUUGUGGAAGCUGCUGCUGUUCGUGACAUCACUGAUGCCAGUGCUUUUGCCUCCAUUGCUUUGCCCAAGCUGUAUGCGAAAUUGCACUACUGUGUGUCAUGUGCCAUCCACUCCAAGGUUGUGCGCAAUCGCUCACGUGAGGAUAGAAAGAUCAGGACUCCUCCACCAAGGUUCCCCAACCGACCUGACAACAGACCAGGACAGGGAAAUAACGCCGCCCAACGUCGUUAAAAGUUUCUAAUUGUGGUCAGAUGAUUGAAUACAUGGCAUUCUGAUCA